CUUCAUCGAGAUAUGUACAAUCUGGGUGCGCCUGGAUAUCCUAUCGAGCGGGUUGCACUGCCAGACCCAGAUCCGUUAGGAAAAGCACGCUACUCGUGUAUUUACUGGGUGGACCAUCUGCGUAAUUGCGGUUCGACCACUACUACAGGACCCCAUAUUAACUUACAGGACAAAGGAAUCAUUGAAAAAUUCAUACAGCAAAAGUACCUCUACUGGCUAGAGGCACUCAGCCUUUGCAAGAGCAUGCCAAAAGGAGUGGUCUCUAUGGCAGAACUGGAGGCUCUCAUAUAUGUAAUGUCUGGAGUACUACUGUACAUAUAG